GAUUGGUCGGCUGCACGGAGCUGACGUCACGCGAACCCCGGAAGCGGCCGUGGCGGCAAAGUCACGAGCCUCUCUCUCCGGCUAAUUUAAUUUGUUUCGUUAACCACAAUUAACUUUCUCCGGCGGCGAACGCAGACAAGCGGGCACGCCUCCCCGCCCCAGCCCCCGCACCCCGCUGCGGGCAUGGAGAUGGGAUCUCUGCUGGAGCACGAGCGGCAGAUGGCGCAGGAGUUGAUGGCGGAGGACGGGCUGGUGGUGACGGCGCGCGGGAUGGGCGCUGACCGCCUGCUGCUGCACCUCAUCGCUCUGCACUGCGAGCCCGGCGCCCUCCUCGUCGUCAUCAACACCUCGCCCGCCGAGGAGGAGCACUUCAUCGAGGAGUUGCGUAGGGCGGGCGUGACGCAGCUGCCCCGCGUCAUCACUAACGAGGUGAGCGGCCCGGAGCGCCAGGACGUGUACCUCGAGGGUGGCGCUUUCUUCAUCACCAGCCGCAUCCUCGUCGUGGACUUCCUCACGGACCGCAUCCCCGCUCGCCUCAUCACAGGAAUCCUGGUGUACAAGGCGCACCGCCUGAUCGAGUCGUGCCAGGAGGCCUUCGUGCUCCGUCUCUUCCGCCAGAAGAACAAGACGGGCUUCAUCAAGGCCUUCUCCGACCAGCCCGUCGCCUUCAGUACCGGCUUCUGCCGCGUGGAGCGCGUCAUGCGCUCGCUCUUCGUGCGGAAGCUCUACCUCUGGCCCAGGUUCCACGCGGUGGUGCAGGCCAGCCUGGAGCGUCACCGCGCCGACGUGGUGGAGCUGCACGUGGCCUGCACGGCGCCGAUGCGCGCCGUGCAGGCCGCCGCUCUGGAGCUGCUUGACGCCUGCCUCAGGGAGCUGCGGCGCAGCAACCCGGCGCUGGAGUCGGCGGAGCUCACGCUGGAGAACGCCGUCUCCGGCGCGUUCGACAAGACGGUGCGCCUGCAGCUCGACCCCGUGUGGCACACGCUGAGCUGGCGCACGCGAGCGCUGGUGCAGGACCUGAAGCUGCUGCGCUUGCUGCUCCUCUACCUGACGCAGUACGACGCCGUCACCUUCCUGGGACUCCUCGAGUCGCUGCGCUCCAGCCAGAAGGCGUUCGGACAAAACUCCGGCUGGCUUUUCCUCGACGCGGCCAACUCAAUGUUCGUCCACGCCAGGGCGCGCGUCUACGGCUACGGCGACGGCAAAGCCGCCGGCAAAGAGGAGGCCCCGGCCGCGGGGAAGCGUAAGGGAGAGCGCAAGGCGCCGACGGUGGAGAGGAACCCCAAGUGGGACGCACUCAUGGAGGUGCUGGAGGAGAUCGAGAGGGACGCCGACUCCUGCACCGAGCUCGGUCCGCCCGGGCCGGUGCUGAUCUGCGCCAGCGACCACCGCACCUGCGCGCAGCUGCAGGAGCUGCUGCGCGUGGGAGCCGACGCGCUGCUGCGGCGCCUGCUGUCGCGGGCGCCGGGCCGCGGCGAGCCCUCGGCCGCCGCGGCCGCCACCGCUCCUCCUCCUCCUCCUCCCUCGCCGCCGCCCUUCCGACGGCACGCCGGCGGUGAAGGCCGCGGCUGGAGGGCCGCGGGGAGACGAGGCGGAGCCGGCGCGGCCGCAGGGAAGCGGUCGCGGGGGGCCGGGGCGGCCGCGGACGGGGCCCCGGAGGGGGCGCCCGCGCGCAAGAAGGGCCGGGGGGCCGCGCGGGAGGCCGCGCGGGGGGCCCUGACGCUCACGCAGAUGCUGGGCGGGGAGGAGGCGCGGCACGGGGGGAGAUUAUUAUUAUUAUUUCCGCUUAUUUCAUCCACGCGGUUUACCGGCGAUACGCACCCCGGUUUGCUUCGCCGGCACCGGCGCGUCGCUUUAACGCUCGCACGCCACGCUACGCGCAGGGCACCCGGCGCAGACGAUGGGGACCACGCCGACGGCGACGCCGGCGACUCCUCCGACUCGGAGCCGGAAGCCGCCGACGCCGACGCCGCCGGCGACGGCGACGGCGACGGCGGCGACGCCGCCGGCGGCGGGGCGGAGACGCGCGACGCCGAGUGGCUGAGCGAGCUGUCGGCGGACGGGCGGCUGGCCGUGGCUCGCGGGCCGCUCACCGUGCUGCAUCCCGUGCAGGGCUGCGCCGAGCCGUACGGGCUGGCCCGCGUGCUGCGCGAGCUACGGCCUCGCCGCGUCGUGCUCUACGACGCGGAGCUGGCGCUCGUGCGCCAGCUCGAGGUCUACAAGGCCGGGCAGCCCGGCCGCCCGCUGCGUGUCUACUUCCUGAUCUUCGGGGGCUCCACGGAGGAGCAGCGCUACCUCACGGCACUGCGCCAGGAGAAGGAGGCGUUUGAGCUUCUCAUCAGGGAGAAGGCCAGCAUGGUGGUUCCGGAGGAGCGGGAAGGGAGAGCUGAAGACACGAACCUGGACCUCAUGCGAGGGAGCCAGGACCCUGACGCCAGCGUGGACUCGCUCAGGGCAGGCGGGCAGGCGGAUGGCGGCGGCGGCGGCGGCGGGCGCAGCGUGAUCGUGGACAUGCGCGAGUUCCGCAGCGAGCUGCCGGCGCUGCUGCACCGGCGCGGCCUGCGCGUGGACCCCGUGACCAUCGCGGUGGGCGACUACCUGCUCACGCCGCAGCUGUGCGUCGAGCGCAAGAGCGUGGGCGACCUGGUGGCCUCGCUGGCCAACGGGCGGCUGUACGCCCAGUGCACCUCCAUGUGCCGCCGCUACCGCCGCCCCGCGCUGCUCAUCGAGUUCGACCCGGGCAAGCCGUUCUCCCUGCAGGCGCGCAGCGGGGGCACCAUGUACCAGGAGAUCUCCUCCACCGACGUGUGCUCCCGGCUGGCGCUGCUCACCCUGCACUUCCCCCGCCUGCGCCUGCUGUGGUGCGCCUCCCCGCACGCCGCCGCUCAGCUCUUCUGCGAGCUCAAGGCCGGCCAGGCCGAGCCCACGGCCCCGGCCGAGGCCGACCCCGACGGCGACCCCGACGGCGACCCCGACCCCGACCCCGACCCCGACGCGUCGGCGUUCCACCCCGGCCCCUACGACCUGCUCCUGCGUCUGCCCGGCGUGACUGCGCGCUGCUGCCGGGCCGUGGCGCGCCGCGCCGGCUCGCUGGCCCGGCUGGCGCGGCUGAGCGUCGGCGAGCUCGCCGGGCUGCUCGGCGGGGAGGGAGCCGCGCGUCGCCUGCACGAGUUCAUGCACGCGCCGUACGCCGACGUGCUGGCUGCCGCCGCCGCCGCGGCCGGCGGAGGCGGGAGACCGGCGGUCAAGCGUGGCGCCAGGGGCGGGUUUGGUGGGGGCGGUGGAGGGAGGGCGCCGCAGUUUAAGAAGUAGCGCGCGAGAAACGGCCCUGGGGUUGGUGGAUCGCGAGUCGUUCGUUCGUGCGUGCGUGUGAUCCUGAAGAUGUAUGGGGAACGGUGGUGUAGCAGUUGGCGCGCCGCGCUACGAAGCUGGUGACACGAGUUCAAUUCCCGCUCACAGCCAACACCAGUGACGAUUAUCCGAACCAGCUUUUGGGGCCUCUCCCUGGUCGGCUCGGCCUCAAAUUAGUACCCGGUGCGGUGCGUUAAACAUCGUCCUUAGGGAGACAAAGGCGGUCGGGCGCGGUGCCGGCCACCCACCCUCUCCUGUCACGUGUCAGCAUUCAUAGGCGCUCGCUGUACGCGUGUAAUGUUGGCGCGCUCCACUAUGCAAAACCCACUUCGAUUCCGGCUCACGGCCACCAACCAGCGGCAUCACAGCGUGGCAUCACAGCAGGCUUUCUCCAGGCACUCUAGGUAUCAUUCCACUUGCAAUAAUAAUAAUACUCGAAGCGGCCAAAACUUCCGAUGCAUCAGGAUCCUCCGUUGAGAUGUCUUAAUGAAUUGCAGCUACUCAACUUGGGGGGGGGGGGGGGGGGUUUAAACGUGGCCAUCUUCCCCAACUGGCAGACCAAUGCCCUUUUUGCAGGCCAGGUGCUGUGUUCCACCUUGUUCCACCUUGUUCCACACAGGGACAGCUGCCAUUUGGGGAGGGGGGGGAGGGUUGGAGAGGGUGUCCCUUUGAAUACUUGAUAUGAGACGUGGUGGUAAGGCACUUCGAUUUGCCAAGGCGUUUAAGCGAGCGCCAUAUGAAUUUUAAGUCGGUACGAUCAUGACAAGCACAAUGUCCCGAUUCGUAUUCUGCAGGCCCGCUGGUGGACCGCCGUAGGGGUGGUGUGCGGCUUUGUGGAAGGCACAGCAAGAGCGAGACAGUGGACAAGGGUAUGCCAAGGGGGGUGCAGAAAUGUAUUGUCGAGGACCAUGCCAGACCUGAGAAUCAAACGAUCGAAACCCAAAGGUAAUAAGACCGUGCAACGCACAGGGGGAGGGGCGGGGGGAAAAAAAAACAUUGGAAAGCAGCGCCCUGUGAAAACGGGCGCCACAGAACGAAACGGAAGGCAGCAGCAUCGGUGUUGUUGAACUGCAGCAGCGUUGCUGGUGCAGCAUAAUAGUACAGCAAGUCCUCGCUUAAUGCGUGUCCGCUCCCCACAACGCGGUUCACCUAUUCGGGGAACACUUUUUGUAAAGUGUUCACCUAUUUGGGGAACACUUUUUGUAAAGGCACGGAAUGCCGCAUGCGUGACCCUAAUGGCACUGUUCCUGAGCGGCUGACAUCCAUGAUGAACUGCUUGAGCUGCGCAGCGUAGCAGCGCGGGAAAUCUGGGUAUAAGCCCGUAAUACAGUGCGUGAAUAAUACAGUACGUGGAGGGAUACCCUCAUCUCAGUUCUUUGUCCCGCCAUAUCAUUGUGCAUGCGUGUGUGUGUAUACACCUCUCGUCUCGCAGGCAAACGCAGCUACUCAAAAGAAAGUAUUGAUUGCAUCACAACGCUUGCCAAGUACCUGGUUUGCCAACAGAAUAAAGUACUUUUUUUCUGACAAGCUGCACUUUCUCUUCGCAACAAAAAUAUUUUCAGUAUAAAGUGGACGUUUAAAUAGUUGAUUGUCAUAUCCCACAUAUUGCUAGGGUAACAAGAAAAUUGUACCAUCUUACACCCUUGUUCGCGGACCAAGGGAAAUCGCGCGCGCGCUUGCACAGGUUCGAGCGAAUACAAUGCAAAUCGUCGGACUAAACAUCAACAGCAAAAGUAAAAUUAGUCUCAAAAGAGUUGCCCUCUCAUCGGUCGGCUUGGACGUGCAGAGGGCCCCAGUGUCCACUUUAAUCAGCAUUUUUUGUUUGGUAUUAGUCUAGUCGGCCACAACCAUUCGUUCAAUGACUGUUGUGGGAGGUUUCGUGGUUUCGAAUCCGCCAGGCCGCCCUGGUGAAUACUGCGGUGCGUGCAUCCGCCAUGAAGUCCUGAUGCGUCGUUGGCAUUGCGUCGGAUGUCAUAACGGGUACGAGGGCCCACGUAGUCGUGGUUCCAAAUUCUUGCCAAAUCGUCAACAAAGAAAAUGACCCGCACAUUAAUCAGUUGGGAUUACGCAACAGCAAUGGAUCGCUGCCAAACUGGCAGACUGGCUCACAGAGCAAUUAUUGCUCCUAAGUCAUUAUUUUUCUAAGCUGCGGAAAUAUUCAUUCUUUAAGUCUGGAUUUCAUCGCGAGUCAUAAAUGCAGUCCAAUCUCUGUCACUAAGAUGGUGUUAAGGGCGUGCGCGCGCUCCCUUCAACACAUCAGCUCGGCAGCCUAAUAAAUCUUUUUUUAUUUUACCAGGUAAGGCGCACCGAGCUCGGAGCUGGGGUUUUUUUUGGAAGCGACCUGGCCACAAAUGAUCCCGACGGAGUGGCUUAUCAUGUGGACAUUUAAAGCCAGCCAACGAAUCGAAAUGCACGUUUCUAAAUAUGGAGAGAAAAGCUGGAGAUCCCACAUGGAGGACACGCAAGCUCCAAAUAUACAGGCGGCAGGGUUCAGGACCGAAACCUACGACCUCCCGUAUACCACGCGAGGGAGAUAACAUCUUGCCAGCGCGGCGCCCAACAAAGUGAGCUCAGUAGAUUGUUUAAAAUACAAAGUUAAUUGCCUUGUUUGGUCUUCCUCGGGUCACUGUGGCCUCUGGUAACAUCACCAAAUUAUCUUAAGGCUGCGUCUUUAUCAUUCAGGCUCGUAAGUCUGCUCUUGUCACGGUCGGUCACACGCGCCGGUGGCAUCCGGCGGUUUGCCAGCUCCCGAAGUCGUCGUCGUCGACGCUUCCAUGACUUUGACGCCAUCUCGUAGUGCGGCGGUUUGACGAACAUGAAGAAAAUGAAAAAUAUAUGAUCGAAAAAAAAUAAUAAACAAUUGUUGGUAGUGAAUAUUUCCACCGAUUUCCUUCAAACAAAAUCCGCGCCACGUUAGGGGGGGGGGGGGGGGGGGGGGGCCCUUUUUCUUUUUUUUUACUCUGCCGCGCGUUUUUUCACGUGGGCCCCCGAAGAAUGCGACGAAAAAUGAAACACAAAACAGCACACGAUCGCGGAUCGCUACAU